AUGCAUACUGCAAUGUAUGUGACACAAUCUAAUAAAGUUUUGGAUAAUAAUCAAUCAGACAAUAAUAUAGAAUUAGAUAGAAAUAUUGAUGAAUUUAGAAAAUUCAAAAUGCCAGAAGAUGUUAAUGAAGAUGAAAACUCUAUAACAAAAGAAGAUUCUACAACAAAAGAACCUACAACAGAGGAAGAAUCUACAACAGAUGAAGAAUGUAUUAUAGAAUCAACUGUUAAAUUAAUGGAAUCAGUAUCUAAAAAUAUUUAUUCUGCUGUUUUAUUUAAUAAUAAAUGA